ACGGGAAAGGAACCCCCACUUGCUUCGCUCGCUCGCUGCUGCCAUCGCUUAACCCCCCGUCCUGGUCAUCAACAAAAGGGAGAUCGACAGACCUACCGACUACCAACCAGACCAUACCGAGACACACGACACACACAACCGAUCUGCCUGUCUGACCCGGCCGAUCGGGAAUUUUCUAGUCCUUCGUUUUACACCUACUACAACUCGAGACCUGUGUUCCACAGAGUGAUGUACCACCAACUGCUACGACACUCUGUUACAGCCGUGACAUGAUGAUGUACUUGUUUACCACCCCUUUUUCGUCAUCAAAGCCCCGAUGGGCCCGGGUUAUUGUCAGUUUGGUCGUCGUCCUGCUUUGCCUUAUUAGCCAGGUAACAGCACGAGCACUGGCCAUCGAAAUCAAGGAUGACUUGAGCACCUUCAUCGACUUUAACGCCCCAUUGGAUAUCGACACCUCGGAACCACCAACCAUUAGUGAAGGAGAAUGGAUCUUGCUAUCACCGGAACAGGCGGAGUUGAAGCAUGGGGCUGGGGGGUUGAGAAAGCGUGAGGAAAAGGAAACGACCUCCUCUCAUACCGGUACCGGUACCGCAGGCGCCGUGGCAUCCGGCUCCGUGACAACCACCUUCCAAAUCGCCGUUUCCACCAUCACCGAGAAACCAACUACAACCACUUCAACCACCACCGCCUCCCCGGCAACCGAGACCGCCGCCGUAUCGAGCUCUUUACCCAAAUUCUUCGACGGCAGUUUAUCCGCCAACUUUGUUCCCAACAGCAACUGCCCGGCCUUUCUCAACUCGUUUCUCAACAACCAGACUUUCAACCAGUGUUACCCGGUCUCACUAUUAAUGCAGGGCUCCCAAUCCUUCUUCCAAGCCCAACGCUCCCUCGUCUCCCUCACCCGCGUCCUCGACGUCUCCUGCUCUCCCAACGUCACCUUCUGCGCCACUUACCUCUCCUCGCUCGCCUCCGAUCUUUUGUCAGACUCCAACUGCGGACCCGAUUACAGAAACGGCCACACCGUCGUUCGCAACGCUUACGUCGCCAUGAUCGCCUACGCCCCCGUCUAUUCGGCAACCUGUCUCAAGGACACCACCACCCAGGGUAGUGAGGAGGGGUAUUGCUACGCAAACGCGGUAAUGAACUUCACCAACCCCAGCUCUGUGUAUGUCUACCACCUGGCGCUGAACGUCAGCUUGCCCGGGUCGACGGUGCCGACUUGUGGCGGAUGUUUGAGGGAGACGAUGCAGGUUUAUCAUGAGGCUGCUGCGGACCGACGGCAACCGGUGGCGGGGGUGUAUGUGAAGGCGGCCAAGAUGGUGAAUGUGGUUUGUGGAGUGGGGUUUGUUAAUGAGACGUUGCCGGAGGCGGAGAUUGUGGUGUCGUCGAGUUCGGCUGUUGUUGGGAUAAAAGGGUUGGGGGCGGUGGUUCCGUUUUUGACGACGGCGGUUGCGGCGGUGUUGCUCGUAUGAUGAUGAGGAUGUGCGGCUUGGACGAAUUGUUUUCAAAGGCAGGGACGGCAUCGAUGCUGCCUGUCUGGUUGGGACGGAACUGAACAACAAAAACACUUAAUGGCUUUUUGUCU